UUUAAGAGGGGGAGGUUUGCAGCUGCCCGGGACUCUCUCUUUGUGGAAUAGCAUUUAUCUGCCAGGAACGGGUCAAGUAAUAUUUCUCAGGAAUAAUUUUAGAGCUACUUUGCCUUCUGAACAGCUCAACACGGAGCGGAUUUUUCUUCCCGGGUGUCUCGUUGGCGUCAGUUGGAGAAGUUUCAGUCUCUACAAGUGAGGAGCGCAGAUUUCAUCGCGUGCGAGACGUGUUGGGAUAAAGGGACUACAAAAAAAAAAACCUGCUCUCGCUUAGUUUCUUCGGACCUGAUUAGCUUAGGUAAGACGCAGCAAAAAUGUUCUAAACGGAAUAACAAGCCGAACUUAAGUUACUGAAUUCACAAACAUCAACAACCAAAAACAAAAAAAAAAAAGAAAAAAUGUUUUUUUAACCAGUUUUUUGUGUGUGUGUUUUUUCGCCCUGAGUUGGGGCCACAUUCUUUUCGUCCAUCGCAGAAGUUUGCCUGAGAUAUGCGCAAACUUGUUAGCUAAAGCUCGACUCGGCAGAGCUUUGUUAACGGACCCGAACUUUAAAGGCUGGAUACUCAGUUGUUUUUUUUUUUUUUUGUAGUUCUUUUUCUCCCUGGAAGUUUUCCUGCAUCCAAUCUCAGCUCAGGGCUCUUCCCUGUUCCCCCGACCCACUCUGGCUGUUUCACAGCUCCCCGCCACCAAGUGUUGUGCUGUGAAUGACGUGCAGCUGAUGUCCCAGGCAUCUGAAUGGAGUUCCAGUCGUGUAAAAGCCGCCGGUUGUAGCUCCGUCAGCAGGAUGCUGAUGAGACCAAGUGUAAUUCUGCUUCUGACUUUCUUCACCCAAGUCUUAAGGACCCAUUGCCGGCCUGCUAACACAGAUGAAGUCUCUGUGGAGGCAGAGCUGUUCACCCUGUAUCCCGGGAAGCGCCUGGAUCUGACCUGCUCUCCCAAGGACUCGUCCCACACUGUCAACUGGACAAAGGACCAUGUCGUCGUCGUGGACGGAGAACACACGCGCAUUCGCAACGGCCAGCUGGAGAUCGAGGCGGUGGAGCCCACCGACUCCGGCUUGUACGUGUGCACCACCUUUGGCAACCAGAGCGUCUACUUUAAUGUCACAGUUGAUGCUUCGGCCUCAUCUGAAGAUGAUGAUGAGGAGGAAGAGUCUUCAUCAGAGGAAAAUAAACUGUUGACCAGUGAAAAGCUGAUGCCAAUGGCACCACAAUGGGCUCAUCCAGAGAAAAUGGAGAAAAAGCUUCACGCCGUUCCAGCCAGUAAGACGGUGAAGUUUCGAUGCCAGGCCAGCGGCAACCCAUCUCCCACUCUGAAAUGGUACAAGAACGGGAAGGAGUUCAAAAGGGACCAUCGCAUCGGAGGCUUCAAGCUACGGGACCAUGUGUGGACCAUCAUCAUGGAGUCGGUCGUACCCUCUGAUAAAGGAAACUAUACCUGUGUGGUGGAAAACCAGUAUGGCAGCAUCAAUCAUACCUAUCAGCUGGAUGUAGUCGAACGCUCUCCCCACAGGCCGAUCCUGCAGGCCGGCUUGCCAGCCAAUCGCACCGCAGUGGUGGGCACCAAUGUGGAGUUCGAGUGCAAAGUGUUCAGCGACCCCCAGCCUCAUAUUCAGUGGCUGAAACACAUCGAGGUCAAUGGAAGCCGUGUUGGACCUGAUGGUUUGCCCUAUGUUCGUAUCCUGAAGCAUUCGGGGGUCAAUAGCUCGGACGCUCAGAUGCUCACCCUCUACAAUGUGACUGAGGAGGAGGGCGGAGAGUAUAUAUGUAAAGUGUCCAAUUAUAUAGGAGAGGCCAAUCAGUCGGCAUGGCUGACUGUCAUCAAAUAUGACCCCUCAGCUGUCACACCGUACCCCCCGUCCAGCAACACCUACUUGGAGGUGGUGAUCUACUGUGUGGGCUUCUUUCUAAUCGCCAUCAUGAUCACCAUCGUGAUCAUCCUCAAGAUUCGGGCCUCCUCAAAGAAGAGCGACUUCAACAGUCAGCUGGCUGUCCACAAGCUGGCCAAAAGCAUUCCUCUGCGCAGACAGGUAACAGUGUCUGUGGACUCGAGCUCCUCUAUCCACUCUGGAGUGAUGUUGGUUCGUCCCUCCCGCCUCUCCUCCAGUGGCACUCCGAUGCUGACAGGAGUAUCUGAAUAUGAGCUACCACAGGAUCCACGCUGGGAGAUCCCCAGAGACAAACUUGUUCUCGGGAAGCCUCUGGGUGAAGGCUGCUUCGGUCAGGUGAUGAUGGGGGAAGUUCUGGGUCUGGACAAGGAGAAGCCGAACCGUGUGACCAAGGUUGCGGUGAAAAUGUUGAAAUCUGAUGCUACAGAAAAAGACCUGUCAGACCUGAUUUCAGAGAUGGAGAUGAUGAAGAUUAUUGGGAAGCACAAGAACAUCAUUAAUCUGCUGGGAGCCUGCACACAAGAUGGUCCAUUAUAUGUUAUAGUUGAAUACGCGUCCAAGGGUAACCUUAGGGAGUACUUACGAGCACGGCGCCCUCCAGGGAUGGAGUACUGUUACAAUCCAGACCAGGUUCCAGUGGAGACCAUGUCCAUCAAAGACCUGGUGUCCUGUGCGUACCAAGUGGCUCGAGGCAUGGAGUAUUUGGCCUCCAAAAAGUGCAUCCACAGAGAUCUGGCAGCUCGCAAUGUGUUGGUGACUGAGGACAAUGUGAUGAAAAUCGCUGACUUCGGUCUCGCAAGAGAUAUUCACCACAUUGAUUACUAUAAGAAGACCACCAAUGGUCGUUUACCGGUGAAGUGGAUGGCUCCCGAGGCUCUGUUUGACCGGAUAUACACACACCAAAGUGAUGUCUGGUCGUUUGGGGUUCUGCUGUGGGAGAUCUUCACCCUGGGAGGCUCUCCGUACCCUGGUGUACCAGUGGAGGAGUUGUUCAAGCUGCUGAAGGAAGGUCACCGAAUGGACAAGCCUUCGACAUGCACUCAUGAGCUGUACAUGAUGAUGAGGGACUGCUGGAAUGCAGUGCCUUCUCAGAGACCCACAUUCAAACAGCUGGUGGAGGAUCUAGAUCGAAGUCUGGCCAUGACGUCCGACCAGGUUUACCUGGAGCUCUCCGUCCCUCUGGACCAAUAUUCGCCCAGCUACCCGGAGACGCGGAGCUCCACCUGCUCCUCCGGCGAGGACUCUGUUUUCUCUCACGACGCCGGAGCGGAGGAGCCCUGCCUACCCAAAUUCCCUCCCCACUCCAACGGGGCAGCCAUUAAGAAACGUUGACACCUCACACUCGCUCACAGACACUGACAGUUCCUCAGCUCCCUGCCUCAUGGGGUUGGACUUCGCCUUCCACCCCGCAUACAUUCCCAGAGAUGAAGCUAAAAAUAUUAAAAGUAAUAAUAAUGUGACUUUAAAUCCUCUGCGAGAGAGGAGCUCGGAGACUGUGUUGGACCAAUGGGACUGCAGAUUGCAGCUGGUGAUGUCGAAUGGUGAUUUUUCACAGAAAACAAAUGGACUCAACUUCUCUCUUCACUUUGGGCAUUCCACUGUUCGGUCAGGAGAAUGGGAUGGACUGAUCAAGAGUUGGGUUUUUUUCUGCUUUUUGUUUUUCUUUCUUUUAAAGGUCAUAAUUCUGCUUUUUGGACCAAAUCCAGAAAAAUGGCAACACCCCUCAUUCACUCUCUUCUUGUAAAUACAGUUAGAAAAUUAAAAAUAUGAAUAUAUAUUUACAAUAUACUCUUAUUUUUAUUACCAUAAUUGAUUUAUUGUCUUUUUGUACAAGGAUGGUACUGUUUGAUCUGUUUUCUAAUAUAGUCAGGGGGAGGAGUGAGCUUAUUUUAAAUCAUUUCUUAAGAUUAUAUGACCAGUUUUUGCUUCUUCUUUUUUUUUCUUAACAAUUAUGAUUCCCCUGAAUCAAAAUGGAAAUCAUAUCAAUGUAAAAUAAAAAUGUGUGUCAUAGCUCAACCUUGCAAUACAAACUGCUUGUGAAGGAUCUGCAAAUCUUUUUUUUUUUUGUUGUUUCUUUUUCUUGCUCGCAAUUAUGUUUAUCCUCCAUAAACAGUUGCAACUGUAAAUAUUCCUGGUUGGUAAAAAUCCAGAGCAUUCUGCCUUUGUCAACGCCAUGCCCUUCCACUGCGCCUGACUUUCAUGUGAUGAACUGUAUUACUGUAAUGUAAACGCUUUAACAGCGGGUUACAUCCGCUGCCGUCGGCCGAAAGGGGGGGGAGUCGCGAAACACGUGUGUCACCGUCUAAAAAGGAUUACAUUAAAUAAAAUAUUAUUGUUUAACAAGCUGA